AUGCACCAACCAGGAUUGAUGUGUUAAACAUACGCUUCAAUGCAGAGGACUUAAUACUGCUGUGUAUAUUUAUGUCAUUUAUCUGCGUGUAUGUCUAAAUGAAGCUCCACACUCCUACAAACUACCUGAUGCUCUCUCUGGCUGUGGCUGACCUGCUAGUUGGACUUUUAGUUUUGCCUUUCAGUGUCGUGCUCUUUGUGAGGUCAUACUGGUCUGGUCAAGACUUGCUCUGCACCAUACGAGGCAGCAUAGACGUGAUACUGUGUAAUUCCUCCAUUUUGAAUCUGUGCAUCAUUUCUGUUGACAGAUAUUAUGCAGUGUGUCAUCCUCUGUCUUACGGAGUUAAAAUUAAUAGCCGCAUCGUUCGUAUCAUGAUCCUGGUGUCCUGGGCUGUUUCUGUUCUGAUUGGAGUUGGUCUCGGAUUGUCACCGAACCAAAACCAAUCGAGAUGUACUUUGUUUCAAAAUAAGUCACAGAGGUCAUCAGUCAUGGGAGCCAUGUUUACAUUUUUUAUUCCAGCCUUGAUAAUGUCUUCAGUCUACUUAAAGAUUUUGAUGGUGGCACAGAAACAGGCACGCAGCAUCCAGAAAACGUCUGGUUCAACUGUCAGUAAAAUGGAGAGAAAGGCGACUAAAACUCUGGCUAUUGUGAUGGGGGUUUUUCUGAUGAGCUGGACGCCUUUCUUUCUGUGCGUCAACCUAAAUCCUGUGAGCAACUACACAAUACCACUUCAUGCAGUACAAGCAUUCAAGUUACUUGGAUGGUCAAAUUCAAUGCUGAAUCCAUGUGUUUAUGCUUUCUUUUACAGCUGGUUUCGAUCAGCUUUUAGGAUGAUCAUUACGGGGAAAAUCUUUCAAGAUGACAUUUCUAAUUGUAAACUGUCUUGAGUCAUUGUUAGAUUCGCAUCAUUGGUAUGUGAAUAAUCUGUCUGUCACUUAGGAUUCAUAGAUUAUGUAUUUAUCUCUAGUCUUUAUCACUCAUAUAGACAGUACCAUUCAUUAGAUGUCAGUGUAUAGAAAUCCUUUUGACCUAUACAUAAAGUGACCUUUGACACCUCUCUUUUCAAGACUUAAUGGGCCAAUGCCUCCAUAUGUAUCUCUUUUACCAUGUAUGUUAUCUUAUUUCUAUUCUGCAGACACUGCAUUUCUUUUGAAUCAUUGUUUGACCUCUUAGCUUGCAACUUAUUGUGUUGCAUGUGCCUCUUCCUUCAUAAACGUCAUGUGUAUCUCA